AUGUCCACAUCGCACGUUUCCUCCUGGUCGCGACUCCUGCACGACGAAAGAGACCCCGAGAACGUUUCAAAAGAACAGAGAAACGCGCCGGCAUCGAUGAGCUCGAGCGACGACGACGAUUCAGACGACCAACCUCGACUGGCUUCCCCGGAGACCUUUUUUGCCAUUUCGCAGCAAAGUCGUCCGUCGACGUCGAGCCGAGCGUUGAAAACCUUCGGACAAGCAAACAACAACAACCACCUAAAAGAUCAGGCGCCGAGGAGUACCGACGACGAGAGCGUCGUCGUCCCCGAAAAACCUUUAGUAUUAUUAGGUCGUCUUAAAACGCGAACCACCGGGAAGAAGAAGAAGAAAAAGACAAAAGUGCUCAAAAACGAAAAGUGCUCAGAAGAAGAAGAAGAGGAAAAUUUCAAGCUCCGCGCGAUUGUGAUUCGAUCACCGGAACCACACGUAAAGAAGAAGAAAGAUCUAAAGUUUGCAAAAGCGUCGAAUGAUGAAGUGCACGCGAAAGUACGCGACGGGUCCGCGCUGUUUCGAAGAGCUAAAGAACGGGAGGAAAAGAAGACUUUUAGGAACGACGACGACAUCGCGCUCGUACCGGAGGAGAAACUUGAGCACUUAUUGCGAAUCUGUCGAGAGGCACCGGACGGCGAAAACUGGCGCGAUAAAGUGAACGCGUUGGAGCGAUUGAGCGAAAUCUCACACGCGUAUUCAAUCUCUAGAUCGUCGUCGAUGUUUAUCAGAGCCAUCGAAGACGGAGGUAAACACGCGCAAGAUUUACGCGCUUGUUUAGCCAAGGCGGCGUUGAAAUUUCUACGCGCGGUGUGCGAGCACUGCGAUGCUCCGCAUUGCGUUUCAAAUAGUAGCAACGCUUUGACGGUUUUAGGUAAGUGUAUGUUGAAAAGAGCUAGCGAUGGAAGCGCAUUUUUGAAACAGGACGCGUUGGAUGCUUUGAGACUUCUUCGCGAACGAAUCGGUCCGAAUGCAUUUCUGAAAAUUAUACUCGCGCAGCCGUCCAACGUCAAUCCGAGAGUGCGACGGACGAUGGCUUUGUGUUUGAGCGAGGUGAGCAAUAAAGAAAGGAAAAUAGACAGACAAACUAUCGAGCGAGUUUUAUUAGUGAAAGAUGUAAUGGUCAAAGAUGGUGACGCUGAAACGCGAGCGUACGCGAGGAAAAUCUUUUCAUCGUCCGGAAAGAAUGUUUGA